UCAGCAUUCCAACCAAUCAGAAAAAUUCCCUAUCUUAUGCAUAUUCUAUGUAACGAUAAUUUGAAAUUAUAAAUCAGCACAGAGGUUGUAUAAGGAAGAAGAAUACAUUUUUACAGUUAAUUAACUCUUGUUAAGAAAUUAACCUUUACUGAAAUCCAUAAUUUGUGAUAUUCGUCUCCGGGAACCUCUUGCAUUUCAUAAUGUCUCACAUUGUACUUCAUAUACUGAUCAGUUUAUUUAUAAUUGGUUAUGUGUCGUGUGAUGAUAAUGACGACGGAAUUCGACUUUGGGAUUCAGCAAACCUUAAUCUAAAAACUCCAUCAGUUCAACCAUUCAAACGUAGACAAAUAUUUCGUUAUGGUAAACGAAAUUCAUACCCAACAGCCUAUAGUGGAUAUGAAGACUAUCCUUACCUCCGAAGAAUGUAUCGAAAAUAAUUCAUGGUCAUUAAACACAAAGUUUCAACUGGAAUGAAUGUAUAAUUUGUGAAGUGAAACGAACAAAUUAAUAAUAAAUGAUGUUGAUUGUAAAAUGAUACAUUUUGCAUUUACACGACAUGAAUAAAAAGUAUUUAUAAUGAAUACUACAAAACCUGCUUUUAAGUAAUAAUAUUAAUUUUAUUUUCCAA